GUACCCUGGCCUGAUCGCCUUCCCUCUCUCCUUCUACCUGCCCAUAUCCGUCUACUCUCAACACUAGCCUGCGUGCUUGAGCACAAUACCACUGUGUCGACACAAUCGGUGCUCAACUCACCGGUCCCUUGACAAUUGGUGCCCGCAGCGAGCAGUCCUCUCUCAGGAAGCUGUCAAGCAGCACUCGUGACGGAAGGUGCCACCGCCGGCUUGCUCCACCGGUGAGGACAUCCCACGCCGACCAUGUCUGGCCAGGAAGAUGCCGACAGGUCGCGCAGAAAUUAUCACGCCCCUUACACACAGCGCCGCCCCAUCCCGACGAUAUCCAAAUACGAGAAGGAAAAAGAGGCGCGGCAGGCGCAAGCCCUUCCUGUAGAGACGGACGGCAUUGAUCGCGAAGAACAGCACGGAUCUCGAGGGGAUUCGGCCAAGCAAAGUUGGAGAGAGUAUUGGAGAGGCGAGAAUGGUGGAGACCAGGAACCUGAAGAGGACAUCAGCAAACGCGCGGAUGCCCGCACAGAUGGCGACGAGGAGCGGCCUGACGUUGGUAAGGGUGAGGACGCAAACGAAGACGGGCAAGCCGUUGAAGACACUUCGGAGAUCACGCCUCUCGCUGGAGAUCCCAAGAAGGCGAGGAAAGACUUGAAGAAAAACAGGAACAAUCGAGCGGAGCGCGAGGUGACCGACCCAAUCACCCAUCUGCCUGUACGAAUUUUCGACAGAACUGCUGGCGAUCUCGAGCAAAUAGAGGAGAACCCUCCGCCAUGGGGAGCGACACUAAGGACGGCCACUGGUCUGAGCAAUAAGAGGAAGAACAGCGACCAGCUUAGGCAAGAGACGAAGGAGAGUCAGAGUGGAUUGGACAGCACGAAUGCGCUCUUCCCUCCACCAAGCUUCGAGGAUCUGCGAUCCGAGCUUGUCAGUAUCAACAAGCUAGGUGUUACUGUGGGACUGAUUGGAACCGCGGCAAUCAUCGUAUUCGCAUUGGCUCUCGAAAGAAUACUCACACCAACUAGACUGGCACGCUGGACGAAUUCUGACGUCGAAGCGCGAUGGUGGAUUCAUAAGCUCGGCACGUGGGUUCUGUUAUGUGUCUUGGGCGGUGCUGCCGUACUGGAGCUAGUUGCUGGAGUCAGGAUGUGGAUGGCAAAUCGCAUUGAUGACGUCUGGCAAGAGCAAGUCUGGGAAGCGAACCUGGAAGCACGCGAGCGCGAAGCAAAGGCUCACGAGACAGAAUCCGUGGCAUGGCUGAACUCCUUAUUUGGCUCCGUCUGGCCAUUGAUCAAUCCGGAUCUUUUCACAAGUCUCGCAGACACAUUAGAAGACGUCAUGCAAGCCUCACUGCCGCGAAUAGUGCAGAUGGUCAGCGUAGAAGACAUUGGUCAAGGCAGCGAGGCAUUGCGCAUUCUCGGAAUCAAAUGGUUGCCAAGCGGAGCAGCAGCAAGAUCAGUAGGAGAGGAUGGCAAGCUUCAGAAAAAAGACGAAGACAAGCGCAAAAGUGACCGAUCAGUUCCAGGGCAGGGUGAGAUCGAUAGCAAAGCCAAGCACGACCAGGAGGAAGGCAACAGCGACAGCGACAGCGGCAACGACAAUGGCGAUGGCACUGAACGGGCUGAAGUGGCCGAAGGUAUGGAGGCUGAAGAAGGCGACUUCAUCAACCUCGAAGUUGCUUUUGCGUACCGGGCCCGAGCAGCGAAGUCGUUCCAGGAUCGGACAAAGGACAUACACUUAUAUCUCGCAUUCUAUCUGCCCGGUGGCAUCAAGUUCCCCGUCUGGGUGGACAUGAAAGGUGUUGUCGGAACUUGUCGACUUCGCUUACAGCUAACACCGGAUCCUCCGUUCUUCUCUCUAUGCACGAUCACCUUUCUGGGUCAGCCCAAGGUGGAUAUGAGCUGCAUACCGAUUGUCAAACGAGGUCUGAAUAUCAUGGACCUGCCCUUGAUCUCCAACUUCGUUCAGAGUUCAGUGGAUGCCGCGAUGGCCGAGUACGUGGCGCCAAAGUCUUUGACACUUGACCUCAAGGACAUGCUCGCAGGAGACGACUUCAAGAAGGACACUAACGCCCGUGGUAUCGUCGUGGUGGACAUUUUGCAUGGAUACGACUUCAAGAUGGGUGAUGCAUCGAUUCCACUGAUCUCGGAAGGUGGCUCGGAUCCAUAUGUGUCGGUAGGCUGGGCCAAAUUCGGCAAGCCAAUGUUUUCCACACGAGUAUUGAUCAAGGAGAUGGAGCCAUUUUGGCACGAGCGAUGUUACCUCCUGGUGACGCCCGAAGAACUCAACGUGGACGAGCGAUUGCGCGUACAACUCUGGGACUCGGACCGCUUCACAGCCGACGACGACUUAGGCCGCAUUGAAUUGGACCUGAAGAAGAUUAUGCGCUCAGAUGAGACUAAUGGCCAAAUGCACUAUCGCACCGAUGGCUUCAAAGCACUGAAAGCUGGCGAGGAUAUGCCAGGCAAGCUCGAAUGGCGAGUGGGAUACUUCUCGAAAACCAGGCUCCAGAAAUGCCAAUUCCAAAAGCAGACCUUUGACCGAGAAAUCAAGUCGCAUGAUGACUUGGAGAAAAAGGUCGACGAGGUCUGUCGGAGGAAGCUUCGAGAGGCAAUGAUCAAGAAAGGGAGACACUCGCGCACCCAGCAAGAGCUUGAACAACAGAAGGCGCAAGAGAAGAAGACUUACGAAGAUGCGAUGGUCAUUUCGGCACCACCUCCAGAUGGAUACCGGAGUGGAAUCUUUAGUCUGGUCAUUCACCAGAUCACCGGCCUGGAAUUGGAGACCAAGAACAAGUCCACUGCGGAUAAGAACUCUGCUCACGAAGAUGAAGAGGAGGAAGGAGACACAUUGCCUUCCGCAUACUGUACAGUGAUCAUCAAUCAUCGCAAGGUGUUUAAGACCAGGACAAAGCCAAAGAACGCAAAGCCCUUCUACAAUGCCGGAACGGAACGAUUUAUUGGUGACUGGAGAAAUGCAGAAGUGCAUGUCACUGUACGAGACGCCCGACCAGAUGAGAAUGAUGCACUGCUGGGAAUCGUCCAUCUCCCAUUGGCAGAAGUCUUCAAGAAUCGCAGUCAGAUCAACGGCUUCUACCCACUCACUGGUGGCGUUGGGUACGGCCGCGUCAGGAUCUCGAUGGUCUGGCGAAGCGUACAACUGCAAGCCAAACCUGAACAAAUCGGCUGGGACUACGGCACGAUCGAGAUCGCGCCAACCGUGUCUACAUCAGAUGUACCCGGCGAUCUCAAAGACCUCAAAGUGAAAUGGCACUCCAACAUCACCAACGGCAAAAUGUACCCCAACAAGCAAGAGCAAACGUGGGCAACACGAAAAGGCCGACCACUAUACCUUCCCGUGCACCGCCGCUACGCAACAUGCUUAUCCCUCCGCAUCAAACGCAACGGCCGCUUCUUCGGCAAAGACAAAACUGCUGCCUUCGCCGUUCUAUGGCUCAAAGACAUCGCAGACGACGAAAUGAAAGAGCUCACACUACCAAUUUACACAGGAGACUACGAUCGCGCCACAGCUUGCGCACUCGAUAAUCCAGGCGAACAAAUCGGGUCUAUCAAAAUCAACAUCGCAUUCUGGUCUGGUCUCGGAGCAGGUCACCAACGCUGGGCCUCGAAAGAUAUUGACUUGAGACAAGUCAUGGAAGUCCUCGACACAGCACGAGAUAACUACGAAGCGAAGAAAAACGCAGAAAAUCUCGGAAUCACGGAAGCUGACGGCGAUGACACAUCUGAUUCUGACAGCUCCGAUGACGACGACGAUGAUUCUACCGUAGAUGGAGAUGGCGGGGCACAUCCUGUGAAAGGUCUCUCGCGGCAUGGAACUACCAAAACUGCGAGCGAUGGGACUCAUGAUGACGACGAUGGGGAAAGCAAGAAGGAUAAUCAUAUGAAUCUUAUUGAUAAAGCGAAAGAGUAUAAAAAGAAUGCGAAGUCGAAGCAUAGGAGACAGAGGGGUUUGAUGCAGUAUAAACCUGCGAGAAAUGCUUCGUGGGCGAAGGAGAAAUUGGGGAGGGUGGAGUCGAGGGUUGAGAGUCUUUUUACGAGGCAUACGAGAGAGCCGGGGAUUGAGACGGAGGUUUAAGAUUGAUGAUGGUAUUGAGUGGGGAGGGGGCGAUAGGGAAGAUUGUUGUAUCUUUGAGACUGGGAGCAUCGAAAUGUGUUAUGAAGUUUGCAUUUGCGUUUCAUACCCAUAGCUCAUCGAAAGCAUUCGUGUGAAAGGAAGUAUACUACGUG